ACAAAAGCAUUUCCAAGCUGCUUACAAUGGCGGCGACAACAGUAGAAGAGCAGUUUCAUUUCGUUGUGCUUCCUUUUAUGUCCCCAGGGCAUACGAUCCCCAUGAUAGACUUUGCCAAGUCACUGGCCAGUUUCGGGGUUAGAAUCACAAUUCUCCUAACACCCCAAGAUGCCAGCAGAGUCAAAUCUGUGAUUGUUCGUGCGCAAGAAUCAGGGCUGCCAAUCCACAUUCUCCAGAUUAGCUUUCCCUGCACAGAGGUUGGGUUACCUGAGGGCUGUGACAAUGUGGAUUUUCUUCCUUCUUUUGAUCUGUUGCUGCAAUUCUACGAAGCAGUUAGGAUGCUUCAACCUCAAGUUGAGGGGUUGCUGAGAGAGAUGAAGCCAUCCCCGAGCUGCAUAAUUGCUGAUAUGAACUUCCCAUGGACAAACAAUGUUGCCCAGAAGCUUAAAAUCCCAAGAAUUGUUUUCCAUGUGAUGGGUAGCUUCCCUCUCUUGUGCUUGCACAACAUAAGGAAUUGGAGUGGCUUUCAAAGCUUAGAGUCCGAGUCCCAAUACUUUGAGGUGCCUGGACUGCCUCACAGUAUUCAAGUAACCAAAGCUCAGGUCUCACAAAUGUUGGCUCCAAUCUCCGAUGGAAAGAAGGACAUUACCAAAGAAAUACAAGAUGCAGAGGGUAACGCUUUUGGGAUAGUGAUGAACUCAUUUGAGGAGCUGGAAAGGGAGUACACCAAAGAAUUCAAGAAAGCCAAAGGGAAGAAAGUUUGGAGCAUUGGCCCAGUUUCUCUUUGCAACAAGGAGGAUUCAGACAUGGUUGAAAGAGGAAACAAGGCCACCAUUGAUAAGCACCAGUGCUUAAAAUGGCUGGACUCCAAGGAAACCACCUCUGUCCUCUACGUCUGCCUAGGGAGCCUAGCGCGAUUGCCCACUUCUCAGAUGAUAGAGCUUGGGCUUGCACUGGAGUCAUCAAAACGCCCCUUCAUUUGGGCUAUUAAGCACAUUUCUAAUGAGUUUCAAAACUGGCUUCAACAAGAAAAAUAUGAGGAACGAGUUAAAGGGCAAGGCCUUAUCAUCUUCGGUUGGGCUCCGCAAGUUCUAAUCUUGUCCCACCCUUCUAUCGGGGGAUUCUUGAGUCACUGCGGAUGGAAUUCGGCCCUGGAAGCUAUUACUGCAGGUGUGCCACUCAUCAAUUGGCCAAUGUUUGGGGAGCAAUUCUUGAACGAGAGGUUAGUUGUGGAUGUGCUCAAAACUGGAGUUAGAGUUGGAGUGGAGUUGCCGGUUUUGGUUGGGAGGGAAGAACAGACAGGAGUCCAAGUGAAUAGAGAUGAUAUUGCACUGGCAAUUGAACAAGUGAUGAGUGGAGGAGAGGAGGCUGAAAUGAGAAGAGAAAGAAUGAAAAAGCUUGGAGAAAUGGCAAGGACGGCAAUGGAGGAAGGAGGUUCAUCUUUCCUCAAUAUUGCCAAACUAAUUCAAGAUGUUGCAGAGGAAACCAACACUCUGAAAUCAGGCUGAGCCUAUGAUGUUUCAAUUUUUAUUUCUUAAUUUCUACUUCAUGUUAGUUAUUGCAGUUUGAUUGACCAUUA